UCCGCCUCGGUGAUUGCAACUUGGCUAUGCGGUCUCGGCUUCUGUUUAGUGCUGCCCGGUGUCUUCGGGCGCUCCGGGCUAUUAGCCCAGCCCGUCGGCACCUAAAGUGCGGCAGCCUGCCGCUGGAGGAGCUGUUCGCCCCCGGCGGACCUUUGCGGACCUUCCUGGAGCGCCGGACAAGGUGUGAAGCCCAGUUGCAGUUCGGGGGGUCUGAGCUGCUGGCGGUGGCCAAACUGCUGAGCGAGAAGGAGCAGGAGCUGCAGGAGACCGAGCAUUUGCUACACGAUGAAAAUGAAGACUUAAGGAAACUUGCAGAGAAUGAAAUAACUUUAUGCCAAAAACAAAUAACUCAGCUGAAGCAUCAGAUUAUCUUACUUUUGGUUCCCUCCGAAGAAACAGAUAAAAAUGAUUUGAUCCUGGAGGUAACUGCAGGAGUUGGGGGUCAGGAGGCAAUGUUGUUUACAUCAGAGAUGUUCGAUAUGUAUCAGCAAUAUGCUGCAUUUAAAAGAUGGCAUUUUGAAACCCUGGAAUAUUUUCCAAGUGAAAUAGGUGGCCUUAGACAUGCGUCUGCCAGCAUUGGGGGUGUAGAGGCCUAUAAGCACCUAAAAUUUGAAGGUGGUGUACACAGAGUACAAAGAGUGCCAAAAACAGAGAAGCAAGGUCGCAUCCAUACCAGCACCAUGACUGUGGCAAUCUUACCCCAACCGACCGAGAUCAAUCUGGUAAUUAAUCCCAAAGAUUUGAGAAUUGAUACUAAACGAGCCAGUGGAGCUGGAGGACAGCAUGUAAAUACCACGGACAGUGCUGUCCGGAUAGUUCAUCUUCCAACAGAUUAGAAUCCUUAGAUGAAACUCUGCAGGAUAAUUGCAAAAGCCAGGAAGACGGAGGGACCUAAGCCCAGAGAAUUUCCGUACAGGUGACAAUGAGGAAAAGGUGUGGACAGUCUUGCAGGUAGCUUCCUCAACUUCAUACUUGGUAAAUGUCACUAUUAAAAGAAAAUCCAGGGUGCUUGGCUGGCUCCAUCUGUAGAGCAUGCGACUCUUGAUAGCAGGGUCAUGUGUUCAAGCCCCAUAUUGGGUGUGGAGCCUAUUUAAAAUUUUUUAAAUUUAAAUAAAAAAAAUCCUCAGAAUGAAGUCACUAUCAUGGGUUCUUCUUUAUCAGAAAAUGCUCAAAAUCACUAGUUCCUAGCUUUCUUUGAAGAGAGGAGGACAUGGACUUCCUUGCGAAAAUGAAAGCUUGGACUUGCUUUCUCAGAAACAUGCUCACAUGCAGAGUUCUGCCCAUAACUUCCAGGGCUGCUGCUCCAUGAAGUCCAUCCACAAACCUCCAGCAGUUCUACUGGAGAUACACAGGGGAACUAUGUCUAAAUAUUUCUUAAGUCUUCAAUAUACUCAAGUGGAACUAAAUGUGAUUUACAAUUAUUACUGCAGUGAUUUACAUGUGAUAAAGAGCAGAUGGAUAGCAAACUUCAGAUACCUAGAAAGAAUACACUGUGACUGAUCUCAAAUAGGCAGAAUUCCCAUGGAUCAGUAGUGUUGAGCAGGAGUGAUUGGUAGGUUUUUCCUUUUUAAAAUUUGAGGAAGGCCUCAAGUUAAACUUUAAGAUGAUGUCUUAUAUAAUAUAUACUAUAUAAACAGGAAUGGGAAAACUAGAUGAAACUCCUCACAAAAAUAUUAAUUGUGCCUAUCUCUAUUAGGACUAACUUUUUUUUGUUUUGGUGAUGACAAAUAGCUACUUAAAAAAUAUAUGGUUGCUAGUUAAGGGUAUGGAAAAACAAUCCUUAUUAAAUGAGUAAUGAUUUUUGUUUAGUAUGUGUGCCUUCAAUAUGAAUGUAUUUGCACUAUAACUCAAGCUUCAAUUUUUAGUUUUCUGAGAACUCUGUAAAAGUUAUUUGUUUAGUUUAUAGUCUUCCUUUAUUAGAGUUGUUUUUUUUCCUCAUAAAGGAAGAAGAAAAAGAAGGAAAAAGUAUUUCUUGAUAAUAAAUGAA